AUGGACGGAUGGGAUCCGGCACAGGAAGGCCAAGGCGACGACGAGUUGAUGGAUAGCCUCGAGGACCGAACCGAGGAGGAGCUGCUGGAGGCCGAGACCCUGGAGAAGCUGGGCAAUAUUGAGAUUGACCAGGAGAGAGAGAACCUUGUCAGAGGAAGGGUCUGUGGUCUUCUCUACGGUGGCACCACUAACUACUGCGGACCCCCCGGCAACCCAAGCUUUAAUGCCAUGGCCGGACUCGUGACUGACAUCACUGAACUAUCACAGUCAGUGAAGCUUCGGACCGUACCCAGGGACGAGUAUGGCAAUGUCACCGGCGCACCAGCCGAGCUAGGGCUACCUGAACCCCCCUGA